UGACAGGUCACACUCUUUAGCGUUCCAGACUGACCUACACAUUAAUGGAGCUCUGACACAGCUCAUUUGAACACAUUCACACGCUGCCCCUCCCCUUGCCCAACACUGCUUUUCACCAUGGUUUCCUGUGUAAAGAUAACCAGUGACCAUUAAAACAUUCAUUCCAACACUAUAACAGUCUUAAUAGCUUGACAGCCGUCAUACAGGAAGUUCUGAUAAAUGAGGUCGCUUCUUCUGGUAUGUUUUGUUGGAUUAUUUUUUUGGACUUCUGUAAUAUCACUGAAGAUCUGUGCCUUCAACAUUCAGAGCUAUGGGGAAGCAAAGGCCAGCAAUAAGAGAGUUAUGGAGAUUUUGAUAAAGAUAAUUUCUCGCUGUGACCUGAGUUUGAUUCAGGAGGUUCGAGAUUCUAGAGGCAAAGCCGUAUCUGCACUGUUGAUGAACCUGAACAGGUUUGACACAUCUCACAUUUACACCCAUUUAGAGAGUAAAAGAAUGGGGAAGAAAACAUAUAAAGAGCAAUAUGUGUACAUUUACAGAAAAGACAUGCUACAGGUGCAAGAGCAAUAUCAGCACCCAGAGUUCAAUGAAACUGUGUUCUCCAGAGAGCCGUUCAUCAUAAGGAUCCAUUCUCCCACAACCUUGGUGAAGAACUUUGUCCUCAUUGGUCAGCACACCUGUCCUAAGAAUGCAAUGAAAGAAAUGGAGGCACUUUAUGAGAUCUUCCAAACAGUCAGGAAGAAAUGGAAAACUGAGAAUGUGAUGUUCCUAGGGGACUUGAAUGCAGCCUGCAGCUAUGUUACCAAUAAAGGGCUGAAAAACGUGCGUCUCAGGAGUGACCCAACGUUCCACUGGUUGAUCAGAGAUGAACAAGAUACUACAGUGCGUGAAAAAACACGCUGCGCUUAUGACAGGAUAAUUAUUCAUGGCAAAGAACUAAUUUCAGGGAUAGUUCCGGAAUCUGCUCAACCGUUCAACUUCAAACAAGAAUUUAAUCUAUCUGAGGAAGAGGCUUUGGAAGUCAGUGACCACUAUCCUGUAGAAGUGGAUUUAAAAGCAAACCAUCGCUACCUCCUGCGCCACGAACUGUAAAAUGAUGAAUAUCUGCACAUGCCAUAUAAUUAUCAGCCUGAUACUGUGCUAAUUUACUGGUAUUUGUACUGUGAUCCAGUAUCAACAUCUGAUACUAUGCAGUGUGUGUACAAUGUUGCCAUGCAAGUUUUAAAUUAUAAAGUUGUAAAUAUUGAUAUUUUUAUUACAAAAAUGCAUCGGUUUGCUUCAAAAGGCCUUUAUUAACUCCCUGGAGCCGUGUGGAUUACUUUUAUGAUGGAUGGAUGCGCUUUUUUGGGCUUCAAAAUACAACGCCCCAUUCACUACUAUUCUCAAGCUUGGAAAAGCCAGGAUAUAUUUUAAUAUAACUCCGAUUGUGUUCGUCUGAAAGAAGAUAGUCAUAUAUACCUAUGAUGGCUUGAGGGUAAAUCAUGGGAUAAUUUUCAUUUUUGGGUGAACUAUCCCUUUAACUGAUGCUGCUGAGAAAAAAAUGUGAAUGGAUAAGAGUCACGGAAAAUAAAAGCACUUGCCAAGUUAUUAUAUUGUACAUUAUGCCAGAAAAAAAAGAGUUGUGAGUUUACUACACUAUUUAAGCCAUUUUGGCAUCUUUACCCAAUUAAUUAUUUUACAAAUUAUUUAAAAUGAUUCAAGAAUUUAUUUGAUUUAUGAUGCUUUGUUGUCCUGCUAGGUGUCCUGUAUUUGAUGUUGUUAAUGGUGAAGAUGAUUAAAUAAUAAACACAAUGUCCUCAUA